GAUAGGACUUCCUGUCAACACCCUGACACGCUGACAGUGACAUACAGAGAGUAAGAAACGCAGAAGUUAAAAAAGGAAAGCACGAACUUACAGGAAUAAACUGAUGAACUGAAGAAAUAAGGACAUCCAAAUGUAAAAGACAAGAGACCUAAGAACAGUCAGAGGAAGGAGUAGCAGACAUGCCGAUGAAUUUCAGAGAGGAAGAGUCGACCCCCCUAGUGUUGAGAGACCGGGGGGGCAGCCAGAAGUCCAGUUCGAGCAUGGAAGUCGGCUUACAAGUACACAUCUACUUUUUUCCUGGCACAAAGGAAGCGACAGUGAUACAAAUUUCAUCUGGACAGAUAAGUGCAGAAAAUGUUUGCAUCCAAGCAGGAAAGAAAAGUGGAAUCUUACCAGUGUACCUGAGCCUUUUCGGUUUAGCCUCUGCAGAUCUGUCAUUUUGGUAUCCACCAUCACACAUGUUUGACUCAGACGAAAACUUGGUCGUUCAUUUUAGAGUGAGGUUUUUCUUUGGGAACUGGUUCGGCCAAGGACCAAGAACUUCAUAUCGCUACAGUCUGACAAAGGACAGAAUCAGUCUGGUGCUUGACUACAAUGUCAUAGAUUACCUUUUUGCUCAGUUGAGAAGUGACUUCAUUGCGAGUGAAGCAGGAAUCGUUCCACCUUUGAGCGCCCAGGAGGAAUGCCUCGGCCUUGCUGUGCUGGACUUGUGGAGAAUGGCUAAAGAGCGACGCCAGACUAUAAGAGAGCUCUGCAAAACUGUCAGCUAUAAAUCAUGCCUCCCCAAGUCACAUCGGCAUGAAAUCCAGAAACGAAACCGCCUGGACCGCUUUCGAAUCAGGAACACCCUUAAGCGUUUCUUGAAAAAGCUUGGCAAAUGCUCAGUGGACGAGUACAGCCUGAAGCUCAAAUACCUGAUUGAACUGGCUGGCAUCGAGCCGUCUCUCGGGAGUGAGACCUUCCGUGUCAAUCGUUCUUCCUCCCACUCAGAAGCAACUUUCACCCUUCUGCGGGUCUGUGGGGAGACAGGAAUUCAAACUGGUCAACUUGAUGGUGCCCUGGAAUGGCAGAUCUUCUGUGAUUUUCAUGAAAUUGUAGACAUCAGCAUUAAGAGAAUCUUAAACGAGAUGGUCCCACAAGACAGCAGGAUGGUAACAAUAACUCGGAAGGAUGACAGAUGCUUGGAAGCUAGUUUCCAGAGUCGCAAAGAGGCACUUUCGUUUAUGUCGCUGAUUGACGGCUAUUUCAGACUAAUCACGGACUCAAGCCAUUUCUUCUGUCAAGACAUUGCUCCACCAAGCCUUCUAGAGGGACUCAAAAACUAUUGUCAUGGCCCUAUCACAUCAGAGUUUGCAGUCAACAAGCUGAAAAGGUCAGGAUGUACAGGCGGUACCUUCCUUAUACGGCAGAGUCCAAAGAACUACAAGAACUUCUUCCUCACUGUUUGUGUUCAGACCCCUCUUGGCCUUGAUUAUAAGGACUGUCUCAUUACUAAAAAUGAGAGCUACAGCCUUCCUGGUCUCACAAAAUCAUUUUCCAGCUUGAGAGAACUCACCAACUAUUACCAACACAACAAGCUGCUGUUGGCCGAAAUACCCGUCAAGUUAACUCGCUGCUGUCCACCUCGACCCAAAGAACUCACAAAUCUCAUAAUUGUAAGAAACAGCAGCUUGUUUGAAGCUCAAGGGUCUCCAACACCUGAAAGAAACAAGUUCAGUCACAUUCAGAUCCACAUGAUCAAAUUUGGAGACCUGAACUGGGGUGACAGCCUUGGACAGGGCACCUUCACCCGAAUCUUUAAAGGCUACAAAACUGACAUCCGUGAUGGAGGAAAACACAUGACUGAAGUCAUCCUAAAGGAGCUUGAUUCUGCUUACAAGAACUGUUGGGAGUCACUCUUCGAAGCUGCCAGUUUGAUGAGCCAAAUUUCUCACAAACACCUCCUCCAUGUAUAUGGAGUCAGUGUACAUGAAUCGCAAAACAUCAUGGUUCAGGAGUUUGUCAAGUACGGAGCCCUUGACCUGUACUUGAAAAGAGGAACAUCUGUCUCAGUGAGCUGGAAACUCAGUAUAGCCAAACAGCUUGCAUGUGCACUCAACUUCCUGGAAGAGCAAAACAUUGUUCAUGGAAAUAUCUGUGCUAAAAACCUGCUGCUGGCAAGAGAAGGUGACCCCUCGCUGGGCAGCACUCCCUUCAUCAAGCUGAGUGACCCGGGCAUCAGUGUGGUCAUGAUGGGAAAUGAUGUUAUUCUGGAUAGGAUUCCCUGGGUGGCUCCUGAGGUGCUUGAUGCCCCAGAUAAUCUGACACUCGAGUGCGAUAAGUGGAGCUUUGGUGCCACUUUGUGGGAAAUCUUCAACGAUGGAAACUCCCCAUUGAGAGGCUGGAACUUAGAUCAGAAGAGGAAUUUUUAUGAGAACAUGCAUCAGCUGCCUCCUUCCCAGUGGACAGAGUUAGCAGAUCUGAUCACUCAGUGCAUGGACUAUGAUGCCUCCUUCAGACCAUCGUGUCGCAGUAUCAUCCGUCAGCUCAACAGUCUCAUCACAUCAGAUUACGUAAUACUUCACGCUACUGAACCGGUGACACAGAGCCCCAUGUCCACAGCUCUCAACCUUGUUCCACAUGAUCAAACACUGUUUGAGGAAAGACACUUAUGCUACAUCUCCCCACUGGGAAAAGGAAACUUUGGGUGUGUUGAGCUUUGUCGCUACGACCCUUUGGGUGAUAACACUGGUGAGCUUGUGGCUGUGAAGAAGCUCCAGCAUAACAAAGGUUCCAAUCUAGAGGAUUUCCAGAAGGAGGUUAAAAUGCUCAGUGUUUUACAUUGUGACUACAUCGUCAAGUACAGAGGAGUCUGCUACAGCAUGGGUCGCCUUAGCAUGAGCUUAGUGAUGGAGUAUCUUCCGUAUGGCAGCCUUAAUGGCUAUGUGUGGACUAACCGUCAUAACAUCACCACCAGGCGGAUGCUGCUUUUUUCUUCUCAGAUUUGUAAGGGAAUGGAGUACUUGCAGACGCAGCGUUAUGUCCACAGAGACCUUGCAGCAAGAAAUAUUCUUGUUGCCAAUGAGUUGCUGGUGAAAAUUGCCGAUUUUGGACUGACGAAGGUCCUUCCCUUUGAUAAGGAGUACUACCGCCUCUCACAGCCUGGACAGAGCCCCCUCUUCUGGUUAGCUCCAGAGUGCCUUAAUGAAAAUAAAUUUUCCCACAAAUCAGAUGUCUGGAGUUUCGGGAUUGUUCUCCAUGAGCUCUUCUCCUACUGUGAUAAUAGCAUCAAUCCCAAAAGACUUUGUUUGCAGGAGAUUGGAGAAAAUGUUCAAGGUACAUCUCUUUCAAUGCACCUGGCAAACAUGCUGGCGAGCAACUGGAGGUUGCCAGCUCCUCCAAGAUGCCCUCUGCAGGUCUACAGUUUGAUGAAGGACUGCUGGACGUAUGACUUUGACAAGCGUCCGUCUUUCUCUGACCUGUCAAAAAAGGUUGAAAAUAUGAUCCAGGAUGACAGAUAAAACA